GAAUGCGUAGCGCAAGACUCUUUAGCAUCAGUAAAGCCGUCAGUGUUAGCGAUGCACACCACUUUUGGUUUGCUUAAAAACUGAGAUUCCACGGUGUGUCGCUAAGCCAAGAUGCACCGUCCAGUGCAACGAAUCGGCUUACCUUAAUUCUUCGGGGUUCGAAAGCUGAUAGGAGGGUCACGUCAACGGCCGUAGCGAAGAUGCUGUGGGUUGCAUUUCUCCUGGUAGCGAGCGGGCUCAUUUUCCAUGAUGGAUUAGCAUCCGCGUCAGAACAAAGUGGCAGCUCAGAUUGGCAGCAGACACAUAACUUCAACAAGGAGCGCAAGUUAGCGCUUACGGAGCAGGCACCUAUACCCCUUCGUUGUUCAGUGACGAAGGGAUCAUGGUGUACAAAGUUCUUAAUCCAGGAGCCUAUCACCUGGAAACCGGCUCCUCGUGGCAACAAGGAAUGCCCUGACAACUGCAACAAUGUGGGUCGGUGCAACUACGACACGGGGUACUGCGACUGCCCCGCGGGAUGGAGGGGGCCGGGCUGCAAGACACGGCAGAAGCGGCCGUGCACCACACGCCAACGGGCGCCAGAAGACCAUUCCCCGGACCCAAUUUCGUCCAUUGGUCCUGACAAGCGCGAUACGGAUUGGACCGAUUUAUCACACAUUUAUUCCCGAUGUGGCGGCGUCUGUGACGACGACACAGCAAUCUGCUACUGUGACGGGCCCAUGGGUCGCAUCCCUGCUCCGGAGGAUUCUCCGCCUGGUACGGCCCCAGCACGUCGUGGUCGGCCGCUAAUCACCUACCACAUGGCCCCCAAAACGACGUGGGAUGGCCGCAAGGCGUUUGGCGACGUAGAGUACGACUUUGUGUACGGUCCUAAGGGCUACUGCAAUGUGACCAAGCCUGAAUGGGUGGCCGUUUGCGGGCUUGACGACUUGGGCGGGCCAACGUGCGACGAUCCGGUGGAGGCGUUCUGCCCAGGCGCCUGCAGCGGCCAUGGCACGUGCAACCUGGGAUUCUGCAUCUGUGACGAGGGGUACUAUGGGCAUGACUGCGCACGGCGAAAGGCGGGACUGCCGCUGCAGCCCAGCACCCUUCCCACCAAGCCCUGGCUUGCCUCCGUGCUUCACGAGCCGCCCGCUGCCCUGGAGCCUCCUCCCAAGGCCACUCGCAAGCGGCCGCUUAUUUACGUGUACGACUUGGAACCGCUGUACCAAAGCAAACUGCUGCAGUACAGGGUUUCGCCUACGUGGUGCGUCUUCCGGCGCCAUGAGUACCCGAACAACCACACCACGUGGACGGACGUGUGGGUGUAUGCGGCGGACACGCUGGUGCACGAGUUUCUGCUGAUCAGUGAGCACCGCACCUUUGAUCCAGAGGAGGCGGAUUACUUCUACGUUCCGCACUAUGCCUCAUGUCUGCCGUUCCCCAUCGGCGUUUGGGCCGAUUACCCCUGGUUCAAGGGCCCUGGAGGUCCCCGCGUGCGCCAGAUGGUUAACAUGCUGCUCGAGACGGUCGAUUGGAUCAACACGACGUAUCCCUACUGGCAGCGUCGCGGCGGCAAGGACCACAUCUUCCUCUUCACGCAUGACGAGGGCGCCUGCUGGGCUCCAAACGUGGUCAACAACUCAAUCUGGCUCACGCACUGGGGCCGCAUGGACGUGAACCACACGAGCAACACUGCCUUCGUCUCUGACCGAUAUGAUGAGGACUAUAAAAGCUGGCAGCAGCCUGAGGGCUUUUUGACGCACAUCAAGGGGCAUCCCUGCUAUAAUCCGGAGAAGGAUCUCAUCAUCCCGGCCUUCAAGAGGCCCGAACACUACAGACUCAGUCCCCUUGUGUCGGCAAAUGCACGACCUAGAGACAAUUUAUUCUUCUUCCGCGGCGAUGUGGGCAAGGGGCGCCUCGCGAUGUACAGCCGCGGUGUUCGCCAAAAGAUCUACAAGAUGGCCAAGGAGGGCGGCUGGGCAGCCAAGUACAAGUUCUACAUUGGAGAUGGAUCCGAUGUCCAGGGCGACUACUCGGACAUGCUCUCGCGCUCCACCUUCUGCCUGGUGGCUGCAGGUGACGGCUGGUCUGCUCGUCUGGAGGAUGCCGUACUGCACGGCUGCAUCCCGGUCAUCAUAUGCGACAAUGUGCACGUGGUGUUUGAAUCCAUUUUGGACAUCGACUCCUUUGCAGUUCGCAUUCCCGAGGCGGAUACUGGCCGCAUUCUGGAGAUCCUGCAGGCGAUCCCGGAGCGCAAGGUUCGGGCCAAGCAGGCGCACUUGGGCCAUGCAUGGCACAGGUUCCGCUACUCCUCGCUGCCCGGAUUGGCAUCUGAGCUGUGGGGAAUGAUGGAGAACAGCUUGAAGGAAAUACCACUGUCCCCAGCUGCCAACAACAGCAGCCCGACGCCGGAUGUGGUCUUCCCGCGGCCAUUCAAGGGAGAUCCCGCAGUGGAUGACGCUUUUGCCACCAUCGUACAGUGGCUCUACUCGCGUAUUCCACAUACAAGAUAGGGUUGGCUCGCUUAUUAAGCAGCAUGGAAUGUCCUUCUGACGUGUUGUCCGUGGCAUGUAAUAUGGGUUUUAGUGCCGUGGCAAUACAGAGGUUGCGGCCGGCUACUACGGUCCGGUUGUACAGUGGCUGAAAUGCUUGUUUUUUGACAGGGAAGGAGUGUCCGCCCUUCGUAUAUUUCCAUGCUAUUGCAAUCAAGCUAUGAUUGGUAUUCCAUAUCUGCCUUCUCACACCUAUACUGCUGACUGGAAGGGUCCCAUCAGGGCCGUCACUGAUCCCACGGACUGGUCCCUAGGACUCAAAGACGUUGUGUGAACCCACUACCCUUGGCUUCCACCAGUAAGGUAUAUCCUGGUCGGUCAUGUUAAGCGUAUUGGUCGUGGCUUUCGUUCUCAGCAAUGCAACACAUGCCACGUGACCUGGAGGGUUGCCAUGUGAAACUGGGGUGUUAUCAUAUGAGGCCACUGCCAGCCCCUCGCUUCGCAUGUAUAGGUCUAUGUUGUGGUGGGUGCAUGUUACGGUACUUUUCGGUCUGCGUUCAAAAGGCGAUUGGCGGGAUUUUGUUACCGGUAGCUAGGGCUUGCGAUGUGUGUGGCUUUUCAGGGACCUUUCUGGAACCAAUUUGAGUGGAGCGAGUGGGGCUUACCCAACAUCUUGGCCACGUUUCAGAUUGCCGCUCGAAAUUCAAUCUGUAUAGGCUGGAGCGCAGCCCAAAGGCAUAGUUCUUGGGCCCUGUGCCUCACAGUGGUUUCAGGAUGUGGGUGCGUGGCGUCGGCGGUUUACGGCCAUCUAGCUGGGCUUGGCC